GAGUACUCCAAAAACUUGGUUUCACCAUGGACAAGGCUAGGCCGAUUAAUGGUACUACGUCGUUCCGCAAUCAAAUCGAACUUGUCUUCUCGACAUCCCGAGCAGCGUCGCUCCGCUAAUUACCACCCUAGUGUUUGGGAGGCGGCACUCAUUGAAUCCUUGACCACUCCAUUCUCGUAUGAGGUUCAUGGAGCUAAAUUAGAGGACUUGAAGAAAGAGGCCAGAAAUUUGUUGGAAUAUGAUAAAGACCCUUGUUCCACAUUGAAACUAAUCGACUCGAUGCAGAGGUUAGGGGUGAGCUACCAUUUUGGCAAAGAGAUCGAUGAUGCUUUAGAUAAUGUAAUCUCGAGCAAACCUGCGAUCGAUGAUCUUUAUACGACUUCAUUGAUGCUCCGGAUUCUACGUGAACAUGCUUAUCCCAUUAGCACAGAUGUGUUCAACAAAUUCAGAGGUAGAGAUGGGAAGUUUGUGGAGAGUUUAGGAAGCGACAUGACGGCGCUUUUGAGUUUGUACGAAGCUUCCCACCUCGGAAUGCACGGUGAAGAUGUCAUGGAUGAGGCCAAGGAAUUCAGUUCAGGGCAUCUUAAAUCCUCUUGGGAAACAUUGGAUUGUGAUUUGGCUAUGCAAGUGAAACAGUCCCUUGAACCUUUACGUUGGAGGAUGCCCAGAAUUGAGGCUAUGAAUUUCAUACAUGUGUACCAAAAGCAUGACACCAGCAACUCUGCUUUGAUUGAGUUGGCAAAGUUGGAUUACAAUCUAGUGCAAACAGUCUAUCAGCAAGAACUCAAAGAGUUGGCCACGUGGUGGAGAGAGUUGAGGUUUAAAGAGAAGCUGAGUUUUUCAAGGGAUCGGCUGAUGGAGAAUAAUUAUAUAUGGGCAAUGGGAAUGGUGUUCGAGCCGCAAUUCUCUAAAUGCAGGACAUACCUCACCAGAUUCGUCUGCAUUUUAUCUGCAAUCGACGACAUGUAUGACGUAUACGGAACACGGCACGAACUCGAAAUCUUCACCAAAGCAGUGAAUCAAUGGGAUAUUAAGGCCAUGGAGGACCUUCCAGAAUACAUGAGGGCAUGCUAUUUAGCCUUGCUCGACUUUGUCAAUGAUAUGGAACUCGAAAUCCUGAAAGAUGGCGGAUCCAAUACCACCCACUACAUCAAGGAAGAGUGGAAGAAACUCUGUGAAUCAUAUUUCACCGAAGCAAGAUGGUUUUACAGUGGCUACACGCCAACACUGGAGGAGUAUUUAGAAAACGCGUGGAUCUCAAUCGGAGGUCCGGAAGCAAUAGUUCAUGCUUAUAUUUUACAAGAGGGACUCGAUGGCAGGAACUCUGUGUCUAUGGACCAUUGUUUGAAGCAGGGUGGUGAGCUAUUAUAUUGGUCGUCCCUAAUUACCCGAAUGACCAAUGAUUUGGGCACUUGCAAGGCCGAGAGUGCUAGAGGAGACAUAGCGAAAUCGAUAGAGUGCUACAUGGUUGAAGCAGGUGCGUCCAGAGAAGAAGCAAUAAAGCACGUUAGGAGCUUGUUGUUUCAUUCAUGGAAAAAGUUAAACGAGGAAAGCUACAAAAGCUCAAUACCAAGGUCCAUGGCGAAGUUGUGCUUGAACAUGGCGCGCACUUCUCACUGCAUAUACCACCAUGGAGAUGGAAUCGGGACAUCGAGCGGAGCAACAAAGGAUCUUUUAAUGUCGCUCAUUGUCCAAACCAUCAACUAAAGCACGAGGCUUAAUAAAUAAGGACAUCGAUCAUGAAGUGAUCAACUAGGUGCAUCGUCCAU